AUGACGCUUAGGCUGGUCACAGUUCUUUAUGGACUAUUUGGGGCAAUAUACGUCACUUCCGGUCAACAGAGAAAUGGCAAUAAUGGACCCGAAUUCGGAUUUGCAAGGCCGCUUAACGAUCCUAGUGCAGUUGACCCGGAUCCAUUUGGAAGGAAUCUUUUCUCCGGUUCUGAGUCCAUGCCUAAUCUUGAAAGCCUCGCUAAUGUGCCAUUAGAUUUCUUGGGAGGAACUACCAUCAGGCCACCACAUUCUUCAGUUAAUAACCUGUUUGAUAAUAUCACUCCACCUGAUUCAUCUGGAAACAAUGCGUUAUUCUCAAAUGGAAAUUUUAUUGAUGACAUGAUUUCAGGGACGAAUUUCCAACUGCCCCCUGGAACCAGUAAUGAUAUUCCUCCGAACAAUACUAUUCGUGUUUCUGAUUCUGUAACAGACCGUCAACGUGAAGCGUCGCCAAUAGGACCAGAAUUACCGGAUCUCCGUUCUAUGAUGUCAAUGACUGGUCAAUCAUCGACAACUCAGGGGUCUUCAGAAUUAACUAGGAACCAACCUAGUCCUAAUGCUAAUACAAUUUUUCACCAGAACUUGCCACACGAACAGCUGCCUCCUUCUUUAACCAAUCAGGCAAAUACUGCAUCACCCGCAUCUUCUGUAAUUAGAGAUUGGUUAUCAAUUACUUCAGGACAAGAUCAACUUAACACUCCAGUAAAUAGCAGUCCUGCAGAUACACAGCCUUCAUUUCCUUCUUUUCCUAGUAGUCGGCAACCUUUGACAGAUUCUUUAGCACAAAAUAGCAACCAACUCCCUGCUCAAAACAGUAUGAACAGUAUGUUAAUUCAAAAUAACCUACCGGCGGAUCGAGCUGCUAAAUCUGAUAUGUGGUCACACAACUCAUUGUUCAACAGUCCAAAUUUAGGCGAACCGUCUGAUGUCUUUGGGAAUAUGAAUAUUCCAAUCAAUUUUCCAUUGGGAGGGAACAUUGCUCGAAAUGGAAUUGGUGGACAACAAAGACAAUCAGUGUCUGAUAUGGGCGAAAAUAGGAUUCAUGUAAAUCAACCACUGCGCCGAGCUCCUCUUAACACUAACAUUAGACAACAGGUUAACAGACCUCUUUUGCCACCUCCGCGAUCAACCUUUCAGCCUAGAAUUCCAACGAGUUUACCUCAAUUUUCUAAUGUACGACAACCCAUCGUAAAUGAACUAGGUGUGUUCCAAAUAGGAGGCGGGCCUCCAAUACGGGGACGUCCAGUACAGGGACGACCUCCAUUACAAGGACCUCCAAUACAGGGGCCACCAGUACAGGGGCCUCCAUUACGGGGACCUCCAUUACAAGGACCUCCAAUACAGGGGCCACCAGUACAGGGGCCUUCAUUACGGGGACCUCCAAUUCAGGGAUCUUCAAUACAAGGACUCCCAGUACAGGGACCUCCAUUACGAGGACCUCCAGUUCAGGGACCUCCAAUACAGCAAGGUCAAAUAAACCCGGGCAAUGGAAUUGAGCCGCGAACUGUGGCUAGAGAUAUCUUCCGAAAUCCUUUCAGAACAGUCCAAAAUGUUGUGAGUAGCUUUAGAAACGAACAAGGAAACAAUUUUAUUAGCGCAGAUUCUGCAGGUAUAACAUCACCUAGGUUACCAAAUAUUCGCCCUAACUUUAUAGAUUCACAAAGAAUUCAGCAACAACAGCAACAAGUUUUUACAGGGAUCCAGCAACAACAAUUGCAGCCGACUGCAAUGAAUAGCUUUGCACCACUACCACAACCAUUGCCAGCACAGAGGACAUUUCAGAAUACCGUAGCCCAGGGAUCAAUGAUUGAUUCACAAAAUAGACCAAUGCCAGUAAAUAAUUUGGAAAUUCCUAAUUUUAACGGUCCAUCUAUACCAAACUCGCAAUUUACACCGAAUUUAAUUCGUUCGAAUAUUCAACGAAAUCUUGGCCGCACUAGUCCAAACUCAAUACCUGUAGAAAAUGGCAACGCAGUGCGAUUUAUAAACGAUCAACGCACCAGGAAUUUAAAUACACAAGUCUGGGACGGGAUACAAGAUAGGUCUCAAAACUUUGGAAGAGAUCCAACGAUGUUAUCAAAUAAUCAGAUAGGACAGCGAUCUAUUAAUGCUGCAUUUGUGACCACACCUCAGUUUCGUGUUAAUCAGGGAUUACCCCAAUCGUUACGACAAGGCCUUCCAAUUUUUUCACGAAGACAGCUAAUUCGAAUUCCAAGCAACGUUGCACCAACACUUCGUCCUCCCUUUCGUCCUUCCCAGCCGACAGCAAGAUUUCCAAACCCGUCUCAAAUCCCCUUGAACAGAAUUCCUUUCCAAAAUUCUCCGACGCGACCUACGUUUCGGACAGAACGUCGACGACAGAGGCAGCGCGGGCGACAGCCUGAGACUCAAAAUCAACUUCAACAAGACAUUUCAGGCAGACGAACCUUCCAGAACCGAAGACGACCUCAGUUUCCUAGCCGACAAAUGCCAAAUCAGAUGAGAAUCGAUAUUCCUCUCAACCCGCAAACAAAUAAUAACCCUUUCGGAAUACGACAGAUUGCUCCCCCAGUCUCGCCCAUUAUAGCGAGCGAAGAACUUCCUUUUAUGGGCAGUGGGUUUUUCAAUCCUCGAGUGAUGAUGUUUUCUGAUGUUGAAGUCAAGCCAUCGUCCAAAAAAAGAAUUAAGCCUGUCUCAAAACAAAAUGCUACACAAAAUUUAUUAGAAAAAGCUACUAUGCAAGGACUAAGAAAAAUUGAAUACAUUAAUACACCUGUUGUGAAAGAAAAUAGAGUAUUUUAAUGUCAAAAAUCAAUUCAUCGUAACUCUUUUACGGUUAUGUUCAGUAAUGGUGCUUUAAAAUUGAAUUUCGUUUUUAAGUGGUUAUGAAGAUAAAUAUUAUAGAACUUUUCACUGUGGGGCAGGUUAGGGUGGGUGAAGGGUUGAGAUAUCUUAGGGACCUCUAUAUUAGCUGAUGUACAUUGACCAAUUUCAAAUCAAUUAUAAAACACUACAUGUAUGUAUACUUUUGAAAUCAGAAAAAAAAUUACUGGCGCGAAUGCUACACUUAAAUCAACAUUCUUCUUUCGUCGAAAACCAACCAGCAAUCAGGUUUAUUCAUCCAUGUAUAAAAUACAUAUUCUUAGUACAUUCACAUAUUGAUGAAACAAAAGCCGUUGUUAUCUCGAUCAUUAAUUAUCAUAAUAUUAAAGGCGAAGUAAAUCUAUCGGGGUAUCUUGAUAUAUCAUGAUCAGGGUAAAUGAAAUUAUACCAUAUUUAAAACAUGAAACAUCACUGCACUGCAUUUUUGAUAAUAUCGAACAUAUAUUAUAUAUUAAUAUAUAUUCUUAUAAGAGGGUUUUAAACACGGGACUUGCAGUCCAAUAGGUUACGUUUUAUCCUACUGUGCUAUGUUGAUUGACAAGGAUUAUUAGAGAUUAACAACAUUAUUUUUGAUUAUUCUUUUUAAUAAAAAGAAAACAAGUCAAGAUUUUUUCUAUUUUUAUACGUAAAUAAUGUGCAGACUGCGUUUAUAAAACACAACUUUCUAGUGAAAUUCAUUUACAUUUAAAGUGACAAUUGGCGGUUUAUUACCAGUAAAAGGGUUGGAUAUUUUUUAUAUGUUUUCGGUAGUCACUAAAUGUAAGCGAUAUAAGCGGCAAGUCUUGAUCUUGAAAAUAUUUAUUAUACGACUCACAAAAUCUAGAUUGACACACUUCUGUUGUAUAAUAUCUUUGUGGGAAAGAUAUUAAGAGGCUCUAAUUGGAGUAAAUUUUCAUUAUUGUCAUCCUGUUUACAAAUUGGUUUAAGAUUGAA